AUGCAGCUCCCCCUCCUAGCCCUCCCCACCGCUGUCCUGGCGGCGAGCGGGAUCCUCGGCGCGCCCCAGCCCUCCAACUCCAACUCGCAGCGGCCCUCGUGCGGCUCGCUGCGGCCCUCGCCGAUCCCGGGCGUGCGGUACCUCGACGUGCAGUCGCGCGAGUACACCAACGCCACGUACCCGGGCGCCCAGGCGGGCACGAGCGUGACGCUCUCGUUCUGCGAGGUCAACGUGACGCUGACCCACGGCAAGGCGGGCGACCGCGUCCUCGUAUCCACCUGGCUGCCGCACGAGGCCGACUGGAACGCCCGCUUCCAGGGCACCGGCGGUGGCGGCUACCGCGCCGGCACGUUCGGCCAGGCGCUCGCGCCCGCCGUGGCGCAGGGCUACUCUGCCGCCUCGACGGACGCGGGCAUCGACGCCAAUAGGCCCGAUGGCGACUUUAUCCUGCGCAACGCCACGGGCGACGUCAACCUCGAUCUGCUCACCAACUUUGCCGGAAGGUCGCUCCACGAGAUGACGCUGCUCGGAAAGGACUUUACGCGCCAGUUCUACGGCGGCAAGCGCAGAUUCUACUCGUACUGGAACGGCUGCUCGACCGGCGGACGGCAGGGCAUGAUUGAGGCGCAGCGGUAUCCGACCGACUACGACGGCAUCAUGGCCUCGGCGCCCGCCAUCAACUGGAGCCAGUUCUCGCCCGCAGGCUCGUUUCCCAACAACCAGCGCGUCCAGUCGGGCUACGACGGGCCGACGUGCGAGCUCGUCGAGAUGCAGCGGCGCCUCAUCGACGCCUGCGACGCCCUCGACGGCGCGCGCGACGGAGUCAUCGCCGCCCUGGACCGGUGCCAGUUCGACCCGCACUCGAUCGUAGGGCAGAGGUACACGUGCGCCGAGACGGGCGCCGAGCUGCAGUUCACACAGGCCGCUGCGGACCUCGUCGAUGUCACCUGGAACGGCGGUCGCGAUGCACAGGGACGCAAGGCGUGGUACGGCUUCGAGAGGGGCACCAACCUCACCCAGGCCACGGCGGAAGAUCCCUCGUUCGCCACUUACUCGCAGAUCUGGAUCCGCCAGGCCGUCAAGAAGGACCCCCAGUUCGACGUAACGGCCCUGUCCCAGGACGAGCUGUCGCGCGUCAUCUACCAGAGCUACGCCGAGUGGAACGACCUCAUCGGUACCUCUGACCCGGACCUUCGAAAGGCGUACCAGCACGGCACCAAGAUCCUCACAUGGCAUGGAACCUCCGACCAGGCGAUUCCAUUUUCCGGCACCAUCGACUACUACACUCGCACCACCGACUUCCUCCGGGUAAAGGGAGUCGAGAUCGACGACUUCUACCGCCUCUUUUCCGCACCCGGCGUCGCCCACUGCCGCGGCGGCGUCGGUGCGGCACCCGACGACCCGCUCCAAGCCGUCGUGGAUUGGGUCGAACAGGGCAGGGCACCCGAGCGUCUCGCCGCCACUACCCAGGACGCCCGCAAGAAGAAGGAGGACCUCUGCAGGUACCCCAAGAUGGCCACCUGGAACGCCCAGGGAGACGUCGAGUGCAAGGUCACCGACUUUUCGCGCAACUUUAAGCCGCUCCCGCGCCCGCCCAAGGUCUGA